AUGUUCAAAAAUCAGACGAAUUAUACUGAAAAUGAUCGAAGUUUAAUAAAGAAAACACAACGAAUGAGAAGAAAACAAGGAAAUCAACGUUAUAAAUUACUUUUAACAUGUGUUGUUUGUAACGGUGAUGCUCAUGGUUAUAAUUUUGAUGCAAUUUCAUGUGAAUCUUGUAAGGCUUUUUUUCGUCGAAAUGCAUUACGACCACCGGGAAAAUUAAAAUGUUGUGGUAACGGUCAAUGUAAUAUAUCAUUUGAUCAAAAAAAACGAUGCAUGCGUAAAGAAUGGAUACUUACCGACAAAGAAAAACAAGAAAAACGAAUUAAAAUCGAGCAAAAUCGUCGUCUUAGACAAAUUCAUGAUAAUGAUAAAGAUCAUCAACAACAAUAUAUAAAAAGAAAAUCUAGAACUGAUAGUGAUUUGUCAAUGGAUUUUCAAAGUUUUUCACCAUUAAUUGACCAUCAAAAAUUUUUGACCCAUAUCGAUUUGUCAAAGAUUGAACUUCUUCAUAAUGCAUAUACUGAAGCAGUUAAAUUAAAUCAAACAGCUGGUAUACCCCAAUAUCCAUUAAUUCAACCAAUAAGUUCAACAUUAGAAUUAUUUCGUGUACCAAUUUAUAUAUCAUCAAUGCGUUUAAUAACGUUUUUUAAACAAAUACCUGAAUUUCAACAAUUAGAUAGAGAUGAACAAGUUUAUUUUGUUAAAUUAAAUACAUUAACUAUUGCUUUUCUACAUUCAAUAUAUAUAUAUGAUAAUAAAACUGAAAUUUAUCAUGAACCAGAUACAAAUGAUCCAUUAUUUUUAGAAAAAGAUUGGAUGAAUACAAUUAAUAAUAAAUUUCAUUAUGAAAUGAAACAAAUUCAAAAUAAUUUUAUUAAUAUAAAUCAAUUCGAUGAUAAAAUAAUGAAAAUAUUUUUUUUAAUUAUACUUUUUUCAAAUUAUCAUACAUUUAAAUAUUCCACAACAAAUAUUAAUACAUUAAAUAUAUUUAAAGCACAAAAUGUUUACAAUGAAUUAUUCUAUAAAUAUUGUUUACAUCAUUAUGGUUUUUAUAAAGCAUCCAUAUUAUUAUUAAAAUAUACAAGUAAUAUUAUGAAAUUACAAAAAUUAAUAGCUGAACUUAAAUCUACAGCAUGUGAUCAUAUGGACAUAACACAAUUAACACCAGUUAUGCAAAGUCUUUUAUAA